GUAACAGUGACUGGACGAGCAAUAUUGGCCUCGAGUUGUGCCAACGAGAUUCAGGAUAAUAUUAGGAACCAUUUCUUCUCAGCAAGAGGGACAGUAUAAAUAAGGAAAAAGCGGUUUUUUAGUAUGAAGAAAAGCAGAGGCCGGACAAGUCGAAAGAGAAGAAGAAAACACUUGCAGAGAUUUAUGUAUGGAGUCAACUGCAGUCACAAACUGGAAUACAUUAAACUUAAGAAGUGGCUCAAAGACAGAGGAUUUGGAGACGGUAGUUUAAGGCCAGCGCAGUUCUGGGGUACAGGAAGAGGACUGAUGACAACAAGAGCUCUUCAGGCAGGAGAGCUGGUUAUUUCAUUGCCCGAAAAAUGCUUAGUCACCACCAGCACUGUCCUUAACAGCUGUUUAGGAGAAUACAUUAUGAAAUGGAAGCCUCCUGUAUCUCCUUUGAUAGCACUGUGCACAUUUUUAAUAGCAGAGAAGCACGCUGGUGAGAAAUCUCUGUGGAAGCCAUAUCUUGAUAUUUUACCCAAGACAUACACUUGCCCAGUUUGUUUGGAGCAAGAGGUAGUACAACUUUUUCCUGAACCUUUAAGAAAGCAAGCUCAGGAGCAAAGAACAACGGUCCAUGAGUUGUACAUGUCUUCCAAAGCUUUUUUCUCUUCUCUACAAUCUUUGUUUGCUGAGAACACGGCAACUAUUUUUAACCAUAGUGCCCUGGAGUGGGCUUGGUGCACUAUUAAUACCAGAACAAUAUACAUGAAACAUUCCCAGAGGGAAUGCUUUUCUCUUGAGCCAGAUGUUUAUGCAUUGGCACCAUUUUUAGAUUUGCUAAACCACAGUCCAAAUGUUCAGGUAAAGGCUGCAUUUAAUGAACAGUCAAGAAGCUAUGAAAUUCAGACAAAUUCACAGUGCAAGAAGUAUGAAGAAGUAUUUAUCUGCUAUGGGCCUCAUGACAAUCAGCGACUGCUACUAGAAUAUGGAUUUGUUGCCAUUGAUAACCCUCAUAGCAGUGUUUAUGUCUCAUCAGAUACUCUUUUAAAAUAUUUCCCACCAUUGGACAAGCAGAAAAAUGCAAAACUUUCCAUUCUGAAGGAUCAUGAUUUAUUAGAAAACUUGACCUUUGGAUGGGAUGGACCAUCUUGGAGACUUCUUACAGCCCUCAAGGUCUUAAGUCUUGGAGAAGAUGAAUUUACUUGCUGGAGGAGAGCACUGCUUGGUGAUGUAAUUUCAGCCAGAAAUGAACAGCAGGCUUUGAAUAUAACAACAAAGAUAUGCCAUUUUUUAAUAGAGGAGACACAGCAUGUCCUUCUGCAGAUUUUCCAGAUGAAGAGGGACAAAGAAAACCUCAAAGAACAGCUGACUUUGGUAGAAGCACUACGCUUAGAAGAUCUGAAAAUACUACAGAAAUCAGCAGAGAUUCUUUGCAGCUUGAACAUGACAACAGUUUGAUCCACCUGGGACUGUGAUAACUGCAGCUGAUCUCAAAUGGAUCUCAUUUGCUAUGGACAUGACUUGCUCAACUGUUUUAAUGGACCUGGGCAGCAAAGAAUAACAAAAGUCAUCAUAAAGUGCCCAGCUUAGUUUGCAGGAUCACAUGGGCACCAAAGGCUUAUUUUGUCCUUUGCUGAUCUUCAGUAAUACAAAAGGUUAGCCCGGAGGGUAGGGAGGAACAUAGGCAGCUUUCAUCACACCUCAUCCAAAUCAUAAUUGCUUUGAGCAAAACAGCUUAUGGGGUAAUUUGAGCAGCUCUAGCACUGGGGACUCCAGCAGUCGGACCUUCUGAUCCAUGCCUAUGGGGCAAAGGCAUGGAUCAGAGGGUCAGGCGUACACUCCUCAGUAUAUAUUUUGAGUUCUGGCACUUGACAGAGAGCGAAAGGAGGGAGCUAAUUGUAUAUAUCCAGAAUAAAUCCUUUAUCUUUUCCCUGAGACAUGUGCAGGUGCCCAAGAAUGAGUAGUUUGCAGAGUGUCAAUUCUUUAUGGGAGCAAUAAAUGUGGACUGGAGCAGAGAUUGCAAUCAGCCCUUUUGUGACUGAUGCCAAACUGUUCCCUGCACAGUUUCAGUUCAUGUUUCUUGAACUUAAGGAAGGGAGAUUUUUUUUUGCUUUACUCUCAGUGCUUCCUCCAAACUCACUAGUUUGUAUUCUGACUCCUCCUGCUGGAAAUGAGAACACAAAGGAUGUUAUCAGUUUGGAAGCCCACCCAGACGUUUCAUUCUAUUUUCUGUCAUUUCUGGUGAUGACACUGACAAACGUUUUAAUCUUGCCUUCAAGAGGAUAUUCUCAUGAGCUACCUUUCAUUAUUAGUUCAACCUAAAUAAGGAGCUCAUGGUUCCUAUGUGGUUUAGGAGAAGGAAGCUUCUUCUAAGAGUGUUUCCAAGCAGGAUCCAUGUCUAAGCUUUAUAAACUUUGUAAUUGUUGUUGUGUUGUAAUUAUUUCCCAUUGUGUGGAGAUUCAUGUUUUGUAAUUUUUCAUUAAUACUUCUAGGCCUUUUAAAGAAUUGUGCUUUUAAAGAAUGUUUAUUUUUGUAAUUAUAGGGAUUAAUUUUCUACAAGACUGUUACCUAUUUUUUAAAUAAAUGAAAUUAUAUAUGGCAAUAAAAGCAUUCUAGCUAAUAUCAUUUAAAGAAAAAAAUGCAGCAAAUGAAAACUUCUAAGAAAUAAGCUAGCAUAAAUGUACUUUCUGACUUUUCUUUAUGAACAUUCAUUGUGAACAAGAGAGUUAUUGUAUAAACUUGAUUGGAUUUGAGGAUUCCAGGGGUUUUCCUUGCUGUUUCUUUUCUGCCUUGUUCUAUUUGGGACACAAAAUAUCUAUUUGUCAUCUCCCAGAAUUCUUGCAUCUCACUUAUGUCCCAGUCCUGUCGAUGACAUCUGUUUCUUUUUUUUUCCCCUACCCCCCUUUACCAAACCAUGGAGCUCUGAGAAAGGCUUUUCCUUAACUGGAAAAGUGUAUUGGCUUAGAUAUACAAGAACCAGGGGGACUGGGAAAUAACCACUUGUUGUUAAUCAGAUUCCAUGUCACUGAAAACAGAAGUUGUUCUUGGUUUUGAGGUGCCAUCCUCUUAAUUAUACCUAGGAUUAGGAAAUUCUGAAAGUGAGGUAUUUUUGCUGUUGUUUGCCUGAGCCUGCUAAGACUCUUGUACUCCCACACUUUCUGGAUCAUUCAUGUGGGGGUGCUGCCAGUAUGUGGUUUCUUUGUAUUUCACAGCAGAGAGCAAAGUGAAUUGACUGGGAGAGGAACUGGAGUGCUUCCAGGAACUAGAAGAAUGUGUAUUAUAUCCUUUGGACCAACUUAAUUUUGUAUUUGCUUAAACUGUGAUUUUAACCCAUGUAAAUCACCACAGUUAAUACACUGGUCAUGUACUGAAAUACCCCCUCGAGGAGAUGACUUUCUGCUUUUCUGCUAAUCCCACCAAGGGCAAUCUUCAUCAUCUUGCCUGAGAGUCCUUCUGUAUCACUGAACAUGGCUACAGCAAAGAUGGCAGAGCUGAGAACCUGACGCUGACAGUUACUAGCCCAAAAAGCAGUUCAGUCUUGGGUAGUUCCCGGAUUCCAAAGUAGUUGAAGGGAGUAUUGGUAUGCUAAGUAUUGUAUAUGCUCAACCUGUUCUUACUCUUGUUAAGGUGGGAGAAAGAGGAAUACUGGACUAGAGAGACUCUUGCUGUGAAUAUGUUCUACUGUUUUUAUGAUUAGCAUUGAACUGGUUGCCUUCUUAGAUUGUUUUCAUAGUAUGUUUUUUAUUC